AGGCACAUUCCUGGUUAACUGGCCAUGCAACAGAACGCACCAUGUCACUGGAAGGAAGAGGGGUGUGAGCAAGAAGCUCUCAGCCAUAGAGACAGGGUAGGAAGCUGGGUGCUCCCAGCCUGAGAGCAGAAGUAGAGUGUACUAGAGCGAGAGUGGGGUCUUCCCUGUGGUUCUCAACUGUUGUGAACGGGAAGUUGACACUGGACUUCCAUUUCUUGGCCAUAUUUAGACCUUUCAGUGGCAAAAUGCUCCUCAGUUUGCUACUAAGAGCAACAGCUGUCAUUUGGAAAAGCUGCGGAAAAUGGGCCACCUUUUCCUGGAGGAACAGAGCUCUCCUGCUGCUUCUCUUCCUCUCCUUGGAGCAGACAUCUGCAUCACAGAGCAACAAAAUCAAACAGAAAGAAGGAAUGUGCCCCACGGAGCGAUUUGAGUGUAGAACGAAAAUUGUGGAUCUGUGCAAGACAGAUUACAACUGCAAAGGCUACCUGAAGUGCUGCCCUUUUGCCUGUGGGAGGCAGUGCAUGGAUCCGUAUGUAGAACCCUGCAUGCAACCCUUAAGCACAGGAAACUGUGAGAAGAAUUUGAGCCGGUGGUAUUUUGACUUUGAAAAAUAUCAAUGCAAAUCGUUUACCUACACUGGCUGCCUGGGAAAUGCCAACAACUUCCUCAGCAGGGAUGAUUGCAAGGAGGCAUGCAUGUUACUUGCCAAGAAAGGCCACUGCCCCAUCUUCCCUUACGAUGCUCGAAAGGAGUGUCCACUCCCAUGUAAGAGUGACUACGACUGCCCUGAGAACGAGAAGUGUUGUGACUCCAAGUGUGGUUUUACUUGUGCCAAGAUCUGGAAAGUCAAAAAAGGUCUUUGCCCACGUAAGCCUCCGGUAUGUAACAAGAUUGAUAAACCCAGGUGCAUACAGGACAGUGACUGUCCACUGGAGGAGAAAUGCUGCUCGCGUUGUGGCCUCAAGUGCUUUGAGCCCAGAAACUGAAUGAGUAAAAUAACGUAGACCACAUUCUGAAGAAACCCCAGAAGUUACAAGAAUAAGAGUAUAGAAGAUUCAGAUUGGCUGCGGCAUCCAUUACUUUGAACUGCAAGAGAUGAAGAUUUCAACCUGAAGAUUAACACUUGUAACUUCUGAUUGAUUGCAUUUAUGACUUGUAAAUAAGGAGAAUUAGGAAUGCGUUAUGAAGGGAGGCAGGAAAGGAUUGGUAAAGGGAGACACUCUGUCAAGGAGGGGAAAUGUUACUAAUAUCAAAUUAAAGAAUAAAAGGAGUUCCUAUAGCAAACACCACCGGGGUGAAAGACUCAUUAACUAAAGAUGUUAUCCUCUCAAAGAAGACCCCUUCUGACGACUCUCAUGCAAGUUGGUUGCUUGGGAGCUGCUCAUGAGACUGACAAGGAAGAUUUAUAAAUGUCUCAGCAAGCCUCAGAUGACAGUCCGCUUGGUGUUUUAUCCUACCACACACAUAGGCUUUCACAAUGAGGUCUCCUGUUUUUGCCUGGAGCUAGCCUGGAUUAUAAUCUCCCCAUUUACACUGCCUG